UGUUUCUCAGGUAAAUUGUGGAGCGGGCCUGAAGGGCAUCAUAACUAAACUUGUCCUUUCUGCACAUUGUAGAUCCAGCCUGACAGGUAGUAAUGGAGUCUGAGGAGACAGAGCUGAGAGAUUGUGAUGAGGCCUUUGAGUCAGAAGAGGGCGAUGUGGAGCCAUACCUGGAGGAGCCGGCGAGCAGCAGGGAGCUCCUAGAGAGGCUCAGGGAGCUGGAGGCUGAUAAUUCAGUCCUGGCCCUUGCGAAUGAGAGCCAGAGAGAGGCGUAUGAAAGGUGUCUGGAUGAGGUUGCCAACCACGUGGUACAGGCCCUUCUGAGUCAAAAGGACUUGCGGGAGGAGUGUAUUAAGUUGAAGAUGCGUGUGUUUGACCUGGAGAGACAGAACAGAACUCUGACUGAGCUCUUUGCCCAGAAACUACACCCCCAGGAUAGCUCUCUGCAACAGUUGCAGUUGGUGUCUGUCCCAGAGCACAGCACAGAGCCCCUGACCAUGGACAGUGACAAGCUGCUGGUGUCCCAGAGCCAAAGCGAACUCAAGAGCAAUGGGGACCACACACAGAACGGAACAGCCGGCUUGGCCCCGGCCCCUGCCACCUCCAUAGAGGCCCUGUCUCCGUUCUUCAAAAAGAAAGCACACAUCCUGGAAGUAUUGCGCAAGCUGGAGGAGUCGGACCCCCUCAAGUUCCACCCCUCCUCCUGCCUGUCCCCACACCACGACCUGGGUCAGGCGCUGGUUUCCAUGGAAAGAGACCAGAUGUCCCUGAUGUCCUCUGUGGGGUUACCCUCUUCUCAGCGCCUGGUAGCACAUCCCUCGUCACGCUGCCACUUCUCAGACUCAGACAACCAUGAUUAUACCAACAGAGAAGGGGCUCUCCAGGAGGACCAUGCCCUGCACAAACAGCACCAGCACAGGGACUGCCAGUCCUGCCAAAUUCUCUCCCAGAAGAGUAGCCUGGACAGCCUGCUGAAGUGUGCCCAGGUCCACGGCGCCGCACACCCGGGCAGAGUGGAGAGCCUCAACGGGCAGGCCUGGGCAGAGGACCAGGGGGCGUUGGCACAGAGCACAGGCCUUCCCCAGGCAGCAGCUCUCCCCCACCUCCUCUCUACUGGCAGCACAAGCCAGUGCUACAUGCACAAAACAGCAGUGGACUCUCUAGAGCAGCCUCCAGAACUUCUGGUUUCUUCUGAUCCAAUCUCCUCGCUAAUCCAAGCCAACCUCAACGGGAUGCUACGUCAGGAGACCAGGAACUUUCAAAGACACAAAGACAGGCAUCCGUUUGGCAAACUGCUGCCUCGGGCUGAAGUGCAACCCUCUCACAGUGAGGAUGUGAAGCACACGUCGCUGACCCAAAACAGGGACAGUCCGGAGGAGAGCUGCUACCUGGAAGAAGAGGCUGCAUCAGUGGCACACAAUGUGAACAACAGCCUGCACACCCCUACCUCACAUACAGACCCCGUUGCCACGGAGACGGACCCAGGGUAUCAAGAGGAGCAGGAAGUGAGCGAGCAGGUCUGCAACGGGCUCUACUUCUCCUCCAAUGAGACGUCUGUCUGCAAGAAGGUGGCGGUGGAGUUGUACUCUCCAGCCCCGGUUCCCGAGAGGACCAGCUCAGCUCAGGCCCUGCCUCCCUCUGGCAAGAGCAAGCUUGCACUCAGCCCCACCUUUUCCACAGGCCUAGGUGAAGUCAAGCCCUCCCCCAUUUCCUCCCCGUCCCGGCUGCUCAAGUUCCUGAAGAUCCCGACGGGGAUGAACCAGGCACAACCAGGCAACCCCCUCCGUCUAAGUCCCCAGCUCACCCGCAGCUCCAAGAUCCCCUGCAGGAACAACAACAACUAUGAGGUGUACCACUCACCUGUCCUGACCCGCAAAGCCACCACCACGGAGAGGGAGAAGCAGCUGUCCUCAUCCCCCUACUCUGCCCCCACCUCGCCACCCAAGCCAGAGGACAGUGCGGCCCCUCCCACAGUCAAGGAGAUAGCUUUCAGCAGCCACUUUGCGCCCAAACCCAGCCACAGUACAAAGGCAGCCCCCUCCUCAUCUUCUCACACACAAAGGGGCUCUCAGAAGGUGGCUCACUACGAGAAAGUCUGCACGUCAGAUGGGACGCCCCAGUACCUCCCUUACACCCAACCUGAGGGGCUUGUAGACAAGCAGCAGCAGGAGGAGAACCUCCUCAGCCAUCCAUCUUCACAGCACCCUGACUCAUCCCCAGAACCAGAUGACCAGGACACUGACCAGGACACUGACCAGGACACUGACCAGGGCACUGACUCAGAAAGCCCUGUCUGGCACAAACCCCACCAACACUUCAGCCUACCCUCCUCGUCCUCCGCCGCUGCUAGUAAAGCACACAGUAGUCGCCCAAGCUACUCCAGCAUGAGGGACAGGCACCAGGAGCACCGUGCAACUCUGGAGCCCAGUCAGCCAAUCUGUGAACCCCCCCAGCCAACCCAGUCUGCAGCCAGGCAAGGUGACCGGUCGCCUGGGUCUUCCACCCCCAAGAGGCUGGUGCAGGGAAAACCCCAGAGUGAGUCCAGUCACCACCCAUUCAAAGAGCGCCUGGCUGCUCUGGGGAAACUGAAGAGCACAGAGAACCUGCCAGUAGGCGCACAGCCCAUGGACAAGAAGGAUGCACAAAGUAACGUGGGUAAACCCCCCACCAACAAUAUUGAGAAAAGCAAGACUGCUGAAAGGCAAGGCGAGAGAACUGGGACAGAGCAGCACAGACAUCAGAAAUACACUGAUUCCCUGGAAGGGAAGCAAUACCCCAAAACCAGCCUCUGCAGUCACCCUAGGGUGCCAGGUCCAAUACAUGAAUCAGGCGCCAAAUCAUCAGCUACCCCAUCAUCCAUACCCAAGGCAGAGCAGGAGUCAUCAUUCUCUCCCCGGAUAUAUGUAGCGAAAGCAGAUGGUCCAAAGAUCAAGAUGGGCACAUUAUCCUCCAAUACAGAGACCUCUUCCGUGGUUAGGAGCUAUGGGAAGUGCCCCAUCACCCGGAGCCACCACAGUAAAACUACCCCUAGCCCUCAAAACAGCCCCACUAAAGUUUCCUCAAAGUCCCCUUCAAAGGUCGGCCAGGCUUCCUCUUACCCCCGAGGGGUCAGGCCUGCUCACGAGGACCGCGCCCUGGCUCAGAGACACCUGCCCAGGCUGGAGGACAAAAGCAAACUCCUGGCCAGCAAGAAGAAGACCUUCGUCCAUGCAGAGAGCUUCCCUCCUCCUCCUCCUCUGCCACCGCGGUCGUCUACUGAAGCCAUCAUGAAAAAUGACAAGAAGCAGUACUCGUCCGGCCCACCAGUGCCCCAGUCGGCCAUCGAGCAGAAAGUAAUGCGUGGCAUCGAGGAGAACAUGCUUAAGCUGCAGGAGCAGGACCGGGGCCAGUUGGUUGAGCCCAAGCAAAAGGCUUCCAACGGCAUCGCCAGCUGGUUCGGCCUGAGGAAGAGCAAGCUCCCCGCCCUCAGCCGUAAACCAGAAGUGUCCAAACUCAAGAACAAUAUGUCAUCCUCUCCUUCAUCAUCCUCUGCCUCCGGCGGAGGGGCUAAGGACUUUAAGUCAGGUGGGCCCCGGAAGGUGGUGGAGAGCCUGAACAUCUCCAUGCUGAUGGAGAAGGCAGAGGACCUGCGGAAGGCAUUGGAGGAGGAGCGGGCAUAUGUGAACGGGGUCGGGAUGGACCGCUCCGGCAGGGGCCACUCCUGUGAGGUGGUGAUGGACCAGGCCCAGGGCCAACUGUCACUCAUGUACAGAGGAGUGACCGCAGACAACUUCAUGCAGCAGCUCCUCAACAGUCCCUCGACGUCUUGUUCUGGAAACAGGGUGGACGAGAGGGGAGCUAUACCUACCACCUUUGGAAUGGCACACAGACGCCUCUCCUUUGACUCGAAGAGGUCGCGGCCCAUCUUCGGUCACCAGAGGGAUGGGAUCAGCCACACAAAGAGCAGGGACGAGAUGGACCAGGCUUCUGAUAUGAUUGGCAAGGAUGAGGUCACAUCAGACGAGAGCUUGGCAGAGUCCAUUAGUUCCCAGCACAUUACAGGUUCUGGUGCAUCCAUGCGUACCCUCGACAGUGGCAUCGGCACGUUCCCCAUGCCAGACUAUGCCAGUAAUGCAGCAGGGAAGAGCAUCACUAAGGGGAAGCCACAGGGAGAGCAAGGGUUUUCAGGCUCCCAGGGGAAACAUGGGGCCAAGAUGAAAGUUUCGCGGAAAGCCCAUACGCUGGAGAGAGAGCUGUCAUCUCUGGAUGAAGUCAACCCAUCUAUCCUGUAUGGCUCAGGACUGGAGGGAAAAGGUCCCAACAUGCACCUGUCCAGCACCAUCCAUGAGGACAUUGAUGCCUACGGGGCUCAUAUGCAAAAUCCCCCAACCAAGGACUGGACCUUUCCCAACCUGAAAGGCUCUGCAGGAGUCAGUGAUGUUUACCUGGAUGUGCAGGGAGACCCGGGCAGCCAGAGGACACCCUCCAGAAGGAGUUUGAAACAGUGUGUCCCCCAGGGCCCCCUGGCUGCUGACCCAUGCAGCCUCCCCUUGCCACCCCAGACGGGGCUCAGCACACGGGGUAAGGGGAGGAUGCCCAGUGCACCAGAGGUGGGGAAGGACGGAGGGCUGGAGCUGGUGAAGGAGAGACUAGAAGAUAUCAUGUCCCCAAGAGAGACGCCCGAAUCCCUCAGUGACUCCCUCUACGACAGCCUGUCCUCCUGUGGCAGCCAGGGCUGACAGUCCCAAGGGCCCAUGGACAGAGAGGGGAGCAGAGAGAGAGGCGGAUCGACCGACACCCUUUAAACCCCUGCUAUGAGGCACACCCAUCCCUUCUUGUAGUGGUGGGGCCAGCCCCUGAGGCAGACGGAGUUGAAGUACCUCCUCCCUCUUCCACAUACACCUCUUUCUGCGGACCCUCUCUGUGUUACUAAGAUCUGGUUAAUACUGCUGGAAAACUCACCCUCAGGUUGACUGAUGUUCACAUACAUAAUUUGAGGAACUAGGCUGAGAAUUGGACACCGUUGUCCUCCAAGCAACAAGCAUCAUACGACAGACCAGCGCAACUCAAAUGUACACACAGACACAUAUACAGUUGAAGUCGGAAGUUUACAUACACCUUAGCCAAAUACUUUUAAACUCUGUUUUUCACAAUUCCUGACAUUUAAUCCUAGUAACAAUUCCCUAUCUUAGGUCAGUUAGGAUCACCACUUUAUUUUAAGAAUGUGAAAUGUCAGAAUAAUAGUAGAGAGAAUGAUUUAUUUCAGAUUUUGUUUCUUUCAUCACAUUCCCAGUGGGUCAGAAGUUUACAUACACCCAGUUAGUAUUUGGUAGCAUUGCCUUUAAAUUGUUUAUCUUGGAUCAAACGUUUCUGGUAGCCUUCCACAAGCUUUCCACAAUAAAUGGGUUAAUUUGGCCCAUUCCUCCUGACAGAGCUGGUGUAACUGAGUCAGGUUUGUAGGCUUCCUUGCUCGCACACGCUUUUUCAGUUCUGCCCACAAAAUUUCUAUAGAAUUGAGGUCAGGGCUUUGUGAUGGCCACUCAAAUACCUUGACUUUGUUGUCCUUAAGACAUUUUGCCACAGCUUUGGAAGUAUGCUUGGGGUCAUUGUCCAUUUGGAAGACCCAUUUGCGACCAAGCUUUAACUUCCUGACUGAUGUCUUGAGAUGUUGCUUCAAUAUACGGUAUCUACAUAAUUUUUCUUCAUGAUAUAUUUUGUGAAGUGCACCAGUCCCUCUUGCAGCAAAGCACCCCCACAACAUGAUGCUGCCACUGCUACCCUUGUGCUUCACGGUUGGGAUAGUGUUCUUCGGCUUGCAAGCAUCCCCCUUUUUCCUCCAAACAGAACGAUGGUCAUUAUGGCCAAACAGUUACAUUUUUCUUUAAUCAGACUAGAGAACAUUUCUCCAAAAAGUACGAUUUUUGUCCCCAUGUGCAGUUGCAAACCGUAGUCUGGCUUUUUUAAUGGCGGUUUUGGAGCAGUGGCUUCUUCCUUGCUGUGCGGCCUUUCAGGUUAUGUCAAUAUAGGACUCGUUUUACUGUGGAUAUAGAUACUUUUGUACCUGUUUUCUCCAGCAUCUUCACAAUGUCCUUUGCACUUUUCACAUCAAAGUACGUACACCUCAAGGAGACCUUCCGAUGCGGUAUGACGUCUGCGUGGUCCCAUGGUGUUUAUACUGGCAUACUAUUGUUUGUACAGAUGAACUUGUGGUACCUUCAGGCGUUUGGAAGAUGCUCCCAAGGAUGAACCAGACUUGAGGAGGUCUACAAAAAAAAAAUUAUGAGUUCUUGGCUGAUUUCUUUUGAUUUUCUCAUGAUGUCAAGCAGAAGCACUGAGUUUGAAGGUAGGCCUUGAAAUACAUCCACAGGUACAUCUCCAUUUGACUUAAAUGAUGUCAAUUAGCCUAUCAGAAGCUUCUAAAGCCAUGACAUAAUUUUCUGGAAUUUUCCAAGCUGUUUAAAGGCACAGUCAAAUUAGUGUAUUUAAACUUCUGACCCACUGGAAUUGUGAUUCAGUGAAUUAUAAGUGAAAUAAUCUGUCUGUAAAGAAUUGUUGGAAAAAUUACUUGUCAUGCACAAAGUAGAUGUCCUAACCCACUUGCCAAAACGAUGGUUUGUUAACAAGAAAUUUGUGGAGUGGUUGAAAAUCGAGUUUUAAUGACUCCAACUUAAGUGUAUGUAAAAUUCCGACUUCAACUGUACACACAGUAGGGUUGGGCAGUAUCCAGAUUGUCAUACCUUCAUACCGACCUUGUGUCAUACCGGGAUAUUUGGUAAUAUUGGCACUGGACACAAGGGGCACUAUUUUCAAACCCCACUAAGCCUAAUCUGAAGGUUAGCAAUGCUAACAAGUACAUGUCAAGUCCCAUAGAGAAUGCUAACUAAAUGCUAAUGAGCACUUUGCGAACAUUCUGACCUAAACUGUUUUCAGGACGGAUAUGCCAGCUCAUAAAGUUAUAUGCUACUCACAAUUUGCUGCAUGCACAAAA